AUGGAAUCGAUCACAAAGAGAUCCUACACUAAUCCCUUUCACUCGUCAACUCCCGUCAUACCUCGUUAUUCCCACUGGAGAACACCACCACGUUUUCUACCUGCUGAAGUACGCGGCGCAAUUUAUAUCAUGGAGGCACCUACGGCUCCGGGACUGGAUCAUGUUUUGGCCGACCUCUUACGAGCUGGAGGAUAUCGCCUAUACGAGAUACUUGCGAAACAUGUAACGUAA